AUGAGAAAGUUGUCCGUUAUAAUUCCUGCUUUGGUGACGACGCUUACCAAACUCAGGAUUGUAGCAGCAGAUCAACAUAUCAGUUAAUAUCUGUUGCAUAAUCCAAAAGACAGCCUUACUUCUAUAUUAACCAUUUUGUAGCUCAAGACUACUGCAGAUGUAAAUCCGGUGGAUAUGGCACAGAAAACUGACUAUACACUGCAGGCCUAAUUUUUAAGAACACGAAAGCUAACCCACAACCACAAAUUUUAAGAACAAGAUGUAAAAGAAAGCCGUCCCCGAAAAGGAAUUAUCUGCAUUGCUGUCGUCAUAACACUGCGCCCAAACUGGUUCUCAGUGAUUGGGGAAAAAAUGAAUGAAUAAGGAAGUCGCUUAAUUGUGGGCAAUAGUCUUUACACUCGUUAUAGAGCUCCUCGAAUAAAAGAGUGAUGGAGCUAUGGAAUUUGAUGUCCAUAAUCCUUUUAUUAGGAUUAACUUUAAGGUGGACUGUCUCACUUAAUUCCUACUCUGGUGCAGGAAAACCACCGAUGUUUGGAGACUAUGAAGCUCAGAGACACUGGCAAGAAAUCACGUACAACUUGCCUGUCAAACAAUGGUACUUCAAUACAAGUGACAACAACCUGCAGUACUGGGGUCUAGACUACCCACCACUUACUGCCUACCACAGCUUGAUCUGCGCAUAUGUUGCAAAGGUAAUCAAUCCAGAUUGGAUUUCUCUACAUACAUCUCGUGGCUAUGAAAGUCUGGAACACAAGUUGUUUAUGCGAUCUACAGUUUUUUUUGCAGAUUUGAUUGUGUACAUAUCAGCAGUAUUUUUCUAUGGUUUUUAUCUGAAUAAAAGUUCUGAAAAGAAGAAGGUCUUCAACGUGUUGUGCAUGUUGGUGUAUCCAGGUCUCAUUCUUAUUGACUAUGGUCAUUUUCAAUACAACUGUGUGAGUCUGGGCUUCACCUUGUGGGGAAUAAUUAGCUUUGCAUACCAAAGAUAUUUGUUAGGCUCAUUAGCAUUUGUUCUGGCUUUGAACUACAAACAGAUGGAACUCUACCACUCUCUACCAUUCUUUUGCUACCUUCUGGGGAAGUGCUUUUCAAAAGGAAUAAAAGGAGAUGGGUUAGUGUUGCUUGUAAAAAUUGCCUUUACUGUGAUUGCUUCUUUUGCUCUCUGUUGGCUGCCAUUCCUCACAACUGAACAGAUUUUCCAGGUACUAAGGAGGAUCUUCCCAGUUGAUCGAGGUAUAUUUGAGGAUAAAGUUGCCAACAUCUGGUGUAGCUUGAGUGUCCUCCUAAAGAUAAAGAAUGUUAUCUCACUGCAAACACAGCUGAAGCUAAGCUUUGCAGCAACACUUCUGAGUGUUAUUCCAACAUGCAUAAAACUGACUAUUCAUCCUAAUCUGAAAGGUUUUAUCUUCUCUUUGGUGAACUGUUCUUUAUCAUUUUUCUUAUUUUCGUUUCAUGUGCAUGAAAAAUCCAUUCUUCUGGCUGCACUGCCUGUUUGUUUACUUCUAAAUGAAACUGCUCUUAUGUCAACUUGGUUUUUAGUUGCAUCAACAUUUGUAGGUAUAAUCAUUUUGGUUGAAUGUCAAGUUUAA